ACAAGAGGGGCGGAUGAUGACAUCUUCACACCGUGGCUACAGUAGUGAAAACCUCACUUAUUGCUAAAUAGCUCUUUUAAAAGAGAUAACUAUUUGACAAAGAGUAUCUCCAUGGCGGCACGUGAAAUCUGAUAUUAUUGGAGGCUUGAAGAGACAUUUCAUAUCGAGAGAAAAGAUGGGGUGUAACUGCAGUUCGGAUUAUUCAGACAGCGACUGGAUUGAGAAUCUGGAUGAAAUCUGUGAACACUGCAACUGCCCCAUACCUCCCCAGUCAUGCAAUCCAUACACAGACCAGUUGAUUCCAUACAACUACCCAUCACAGCAUUCGCCCCCUACAUCGCCUUUACCAGACAACCUCGUGGUCGCCAUAUACAGUUAUGAACCCAACCAUGACGGUGACCUGGGCUUUGAGAAGGGAGACAAACUCAAGAUCCUCAACAAGGAUGAUCCAGAGUGGUACUUGGCAGAGUCUCUCACCACAGGCCAGCAGGGCUACAUCCCGUUCAACUUUGUUGCAAUGAACACAGUGGAGACUGAACCGUGGUUCUUUAAGAACAUUUCUAGAAACGAAGCCAUGAGGCUGCUCCUCGCUCCUGGGAAUACGCAGGGCUCCUUCUUGAUUCGAGAGAGCGAGACAACCCCAGGAUCAUUCUCCUUAUCAAUCAGGGACUUGGACCACAACUCUGGUGAAGGAGUCAAGCACUACAGAAUCCGCAACAUGGACAACGGUGGCUUCUACAUCACAGCCAAGAUAUCCUUUAACUCGCUGAAGGAGCUCGUCCAGCAUCACUCACGUGAUCCAGAUGGGUUGUGCACAAAGCUGGUGAAGCCGUGUCAGUCGAGGGCACCACAGAAGCCCUGGUGGCAGGAUGAGUGGGAGAUCCCACGUGAGUCCCUGAAGCUGGAGCGCAGACUUGGAGCGGGACAAUUUGGAGAAGUCUGGAUGGGUGUCUACAAUAACGACAGGAAGGUGGCAAUCAAGAACCUUAAGAUGGGCACAAUGUCGGUGGAGGCCUUCCUGGCAGAGGCCAACAUGAUGAAGAACUUGCAGCAUCCACGCCUUGUUCGCCUCUUUGCUGUCGUUACCCAGGAGCCAAUCUUUAUUGUCACAGAGUACAUGGAAAAUGGUAGCCUAGUGGAUUACCUGAAAACAACGGAGGGAAGCAGUUUGCCGAUGAACACUCUGAUAGACAUGGCGUCUCAGGUAGCUGAUGGCAUGGCUUUCAUUGAGGAGAAGAAUUACAUCCAUCGAGACCUGAGAGCAGCCAAUAUUCUGGUGUCCAGUGAGCUCAUCUGUAAGAUUGCCGACUUUGGACUGGCGAGGCUGAUUGAGGACAAUGAAUACACGGCAAGAGAGGGUGCAAAGUUCCCCAUCAAAUGGACGGCCCCAGAGGCUAUUAACUACGGCACCUUUUCUAUAAAAUCAGAUGUAUGGUCAUUUGGGAUCCUCCUGACAGAAAUAGUGACAUAUGGACGCAUACCUUACCCCGGUAUGUCCAACCCAGAGGUGAUCCAGAACCUGGAGCGAGGCUACAGAAUGCCGCAGCCAGAAAACUGUCCAGAUGGGCUUCAUAACAUCAUGUGUCUGUGCUGGAGGGAAAACCCAGAGGACAGGCCCACCUUCGAAUACCUCAGGAGCGUUCUGGAGGAUUUCUUCACUGCCACAGAGAGGCAGUACCAGGAAUAGCCCUGAUGGGACAGAGAGACAUACAGACUUACAAUAAAUAUACUCAAACUAAAGGCACAGCCUGUGAAGAAGGAUGCCGGAUUUUGUUGUGUGUGUUCUUGAAGAGUACAUGCCUUUCUAUUGAUAGGGUAGCUUUUCCAAGUCAGAGUACUUUGUUUCUGCACCAAACUUGUUCUGAAGUGGCCUCUUAGAUAUGAUACAAUCACACGUGGAAUGAUGAAAACUUUUGUUGGAUCACUGUAGAGCCAACAGCAGAAAGGAGAGUGAUCUCUAUGCUGCUGAUGUCUGAUGUAGCUGAAUAAGUAGCUGCUCUCCUGGUGCUCAUCAUUAAAAUGUAAAUAUGGUUAAA